ACGCUAAUCAUCCCCAUGAACAAUGUGAUGACGUCCCUUCAAAAUGUUUCUGGGUACUUUGUCAGGAUGUCGGCAACAGAGGUCCGCGGACAGGUUUUGUCUGGAACAGCAGUAGCUAAACGAAUUACUGAACAACUCACCAAAGAUGUAGAAAGACUGAAAUCUCGUGUCCCAGAUUUUGUACCUGGUUUAGCUAUAGUACAAGUAGGCGGACGUGAGGAUUCAAAUGUUUAUAUCAGACAAAAAAUUAUAAAAGCAGCUGCAAUUGGUAUCAAAACACACCAUAUUCAGUUUCCUAGAGAAGUCACUGAAGCUGAGCUAGUUACUCAGUUAGAAUAUCUCAAUGAUGAUCCCCGCAUACAUGGAAUUAUUGUACAAAUGCCUCUUGACAGCGUUAAUGAUAUAGACGCUCGUCUCAUCACAGAUAUAGUUUCACCUGACAAAGAUGUUGACGGGUUAAAUACAAUUAAUGAAGGAAGAGCAGCUAUUGGUGAUUUGCAUUCUUUUAUUCCUUGUACUCCAAAGGGUAUUAUGGAGUUGAUUAAGGGUACCGGAAUUAAAACUGAAGGUGCAGAAGCAGUUGUGGUAGGUCGAAGCAAAAUAGUGGGAACUCCCAUUGGUGAGCUUUUGAAAUGGGCCCAUGCAACUGUUACCAUAUGUCAUUCAAAGACCCGUAAUUUGGAAGAAACGUGCAGAAGAGCAGAUAUCUUGGUGGUUGCUGUAGGAAAACCAGAAAUUGUGAAAGGGAGUUGGAUUAAGCCAGGUGCUGUUGUCAUCGACUGUGGUAUAAACGCUAUCCCAGAUGCUACGAAAAAAAAUAAGCAAAGACUAGUCGGUGAUGUUCACUAUGAAUCAGCUAGCAAAGUGGCGUCGUAUAUUACACCAGUUCCAGGUGGUGUUGGGCCGAUGACUGUUGCCAUGUUAAUGAAGAAUACUGUUCAAAGUGCUCAUAAAACAGUCAACAAAUUAGUAGAGGCAAGAUGGGAUUUGCGGAUUCUUCAUUUGAAACUUAAGAAGCCCGUUCCAAGGGACAUCGAUAUCGCUCAUGCUCAUGAGCCUAUAAAUAUUCAACACAUAGCAGAAGAAAUAGGAAUAUACCCUAGUGAACUCAUUCCAUAUGGAGCCAAAAAGGGCAAGGUAUCGUUAUCUAUUUUAGAUAGAUUACAGGAACGAAAAGAUGCUAAAUACAUUAUAGUUGUGGGAAUAACUCCCACACCUCUAGGGGAAGGAAAAACUACUACGUCAGUAGGUUUGGGCCAAGCUCUUGCAGCCCACAAAGGAGUGAAUGCUCUUGUUACUUUGCGACAGCCUUCCUUAGGUCCUAUGUUUGGUGUGAAAGGUGGUGCAGCUGGUGGGGGUUACGCCCAAGUUAUCCCUAUGGAAGAAUUUAACAUACAUCUGACAGGAGAUUUGCACGCAAUUACUGUUGCUAAUAAUCUAGUAGCAGCACAGUUGGAUGCAAGAAUCUAUCAUGAAGCUACUCAAAAGGACGAUGCUUUAUACAAUCGUCUUGUACCUGAAAUUAAAGGAACAAGGAAGUUUUCCGAUAUUCAACUGAGAAGACUUAAGAAACUUGGAAUAACUAAAACCAACCCUAACGAACUAACAGCGGAGGAAAAAACUCGUUUUGCUAGAUUAGAUAUAGAUCCAAAAAGUGUGACCCUGAAGCGAGUAUUGGAUAUUAGCGACCGAUACCUUCGUAAAAUCACAAUAGGGCAAUCGCCUACAGAAAAAAAUUUGACUCGCGAAACGGGCUUCCAAAUAACUGUGGCAAGUGAAAUAAUGGCUAUAUUAGCGCUAGCCACAGACUUGAAGAACUUUAGAGAACGCAUUGCUUCAAUGGUUGUAGCUUUUAACAAAAAGGGGGAACCUGUAACUGUUGAUGACCUAGGAGUCACAGGAGCUGUAAUGAUCAUUCUUAAAGAAACUAUGUAUCCCACUUUAAUGCAAACCUUGGAAGGAUCUCCCGUUUUAGUUCACGCCGGACCAUUUGCUAAUAUCGCUCAUGGAUGUUCUUCAAUCUUAGCUGAUAAAGUAGGCUUGAAAUUAGCAGGAGAGCAGGGCUAUGUGAUUACUGAAGGAGGAUUUGGGUCUGAUAUAGGGAUGGAAAAGUUGCUAAACAUUAAAACUCGUGUAUCUGGACAUGUUCCCAACUGUAUUGUUCUGGUAUGUUCCGUUAGAGCACUAAAGAUGCAUGGAGGUGGUCCCCCGGUAACUCCUGGACAACCGCUCGCGUCAGCUUACACACAAGAAAAUCUGGAACUAUUGCAAAAGGGUCUUCCAAACUUAAUAAAACACAUCAGCAAUGGAAAGAAGUUUGGUUUACCGGUUGUUGUUUGUGUUAACACAUUUGAGACCGACACCGAAGCUGAGCUUAAGUUAGUACAGAGCAAGGCUAAAGAAAAUGGAGCAUUUGAUGCUGUCGUUGGUAACCACUGGGCAGAAGGAGGGGCUGGGGCAGUAAAAUUGGCAGACGCAGUUAUCGCGGCUUGUGAACAAAAGAGCAAUUUCAAAUUUUUAUAUGAGCUCGAUAAAACAUUAGAAGAAAAAAUCAAAAUUAUCGCAACGGAAAUGUAUGGCGCUGGAAGUAUUACUUACACUCCUGAAGCAGCAGCAAAAUUGAAAACGUACCAAGAAAGGGGCUUCGGGAAAUUACCUAUUUGCAUGGCGAAAACUUCUGCGUCUCUUACGGGAGAUCCCGCAGUCAAAGGAGCGCCUACUGGAUUUGAACUAAAAAUUAAUGACGUCACUUUAUCUGCUGGAGCUGGAUUCGUUGUACCUAUUAUAGGAGAGAUUUCAGUAAUGCCAGGUUUGCCAACCAGACCAAAUUUCUUCGACAUGGACGUAAAUAUUGAAACUGGCGUCAUAGAAGGAUUGUUCUGAUUUCUUUAUAGGGAAUCAACAACUUAAAUCAUUCAUUUAGAGGUUGAAAUUAUUGUAAUAUGUAGUAUAUCAAAGAUAACAAUAAAAUAUAUACCUCUUUAGAACAA